AUGUCACAAGAAAGUGGUUACAAUUUCAAUAGUUCAGGUUCAGAUCAUGAUCAAAAUAAGAGUAAUAUAUAUCUGCAGAUAGCGACCCCAAAAUCGCCAAAUUCUGAUGGGUUCUCGCCUACAGAGAUUCAUGAUGAAGAACAUUCAUUAGAGGAUGAAAUUAAACAAAAUGUUAUAAAUCAAAUCGAUGUUGAAAUCUUGUUGAAACAUAGAGAGUAUAAUCUAGUACAAAAUGAGAUAUCAAAAGUCCAGACUCAAUUAGAUACAUUACAAAAACUUCAUGAUGAUCCCGCGUAUUCCAAAUACGUCCAAAAUGUUAUCGAUAUGAGAGAUGGAGUCAAGAAUGAAUUAAACAAUUAUAACACAUCAACAAAUGACUCGGAAAUAAUCACAAGAAGACAUUCAUUCUAUAACAUAAGGAAAAGUGGAUCAGAAGAACCCCCAAAGCCUCAUCGUACCUCAUAUGGUGGAUUACGCCCCGUGGUGGAUUCAAAUGGUAAUAAAAUUUGUGUUCAUAAAAGAUCAGAUGGUGUUAUUGUAAAGAUUGAAUGUCCAACAUGUGCCAGAUCGGAUUUUGGUUCAGCUCAGGGUUUCCUAAACCAUGCAAGAUUGGCUCAUCAAGUUGAAUAUAAAAGUCAAGAUCAUGCUGCUUUAGUCUGUGGUGCUAUUCUACCAGAUAUUGAACAAGAUGAUAUUGGGAUUGCAUCUAUUCAGAAAUUAAAAGAUAUGGGGAUUGAUGCAGAUAAAAACUUGGCUCCGGGUGUUUUCACAAAUGGAUCUAUUGGAAGUUCUGAUGAAAUGAGUGGUCCACAAAAGAAGAAAGCUAGAAGAUCAAUAUCUAAAACUGGUGUACCUUCUGGUUAUUUGGAGAAAUUAUACAAUAAAGAAGUCAGUGAUGAAGGCACCUUCAAAGAGAUUUAUCAAGAUGCUACAACAAAGACUGAAGUUGAUUUUGGGGAUGAUGAUCCUGAGGCUACUACACCUCCAAUAUCACAAGAUUCUUCAACUUUGGAGAAUCAACAACAAUCAAAAUUAUUUAAAAAAGGUCACAAUAGAAGAAAAAGUCGUGGUGGAUUAUCAGCUGUCACAUUUGAUGAUCAAAUCCCAUCAACUUCGUCAGAACAUGAAGUUGAAAAAUUAUCACCAAGAGAUAUCACAGCACAAGAACUUAUAGUGGAGGAACAUUUGAAUUCUAGUGCUAGUACUGUUAGGUUUUCAGAAAAUAGUAUAACGUUUGGAGAAGUUGAUGGAUUGACACCUGCACAAAGAAGAAGAGUACCAACAAUUCCUAAUCCAUUAAGAACUAGAAGUAGAUCCUCCAGAGAAAAUUCUAACUAA